CAAGAUAGCAGUCUGUAGCCUGUACUGAGCUGUACUGCUUAUAUGUAUGCCAUCAUUCAUUACGUCGCUUCGUUAUUGUUAAAAUCCUGUAGUUUUGUAGUGAAUUAAUCGGUUAUUUCAUGUAAAUAAAGAUAUAAGAGGGUAUUUUCUCAUAGUGAAAAUCAGUUAAAAAGAGUUAUUAACAGAAAAAAGGAGUUCUACUGAGUCAAGUUAAUUGAGUGAAAAAGUCGUACGAGAUUUCUAGAAAAGUGCAUUUAUUUAGUAAGCUUUGAUCUGGAUACCGAGUCGAGUGAAGAAGCGCCUAGGGUGCUUUCGAUGCCAAUAUGUCCACUCAAUUUUACUCAGCACCCCUAAAUCUGGUUCAGAAUGUCAUGGGUGGGACUCAGCUUCAUAAGCCACGGUCCAUGUUCCAACCUAUCAUGAACCAUCAACAAGCUCAAUGGAUACCCUGGAAUGUCCCUACGGAAGUUCCUCGAAUGACAAUGCCAUGGGCUAUGCCAGCAUCUCAACAACCAGAUUUGGUUCGCUUUAGUAAUACAGCUUCCAAUAUGAAAGCUGAACUCCAUGGAAAACGGAAGUGGGAGAUGGCAACACCUGAUGUUGUUGAUUUCUGCCAUCCAAGGAAACAACUUAUUACUGAAGAAAAAAUGACUCAACACUUUCAAGAUAUGCAUAUAAGUAAUAAUACAUUCAUUGCACAAGAAGCUGGUCCAUCAACAUCAACAACAAGCAUUUUGUCAAAUACCGUUAAGCCUAGUAGUGUAGAUGUUGACAUAACAAAGACAGUAGAGAUAGAUGAAAAUAAAAUACAACCUAGGCUAAUAAUAUCAGAUGAACUGAAAAAUAUACAAACAGAUCCAAUUCUUCCUUCAAGUUUACUUUCAAAAUUGGACCGGCCCUCCAUGGCUUUAGUUCUUUGGGAACCACCAAGUAAACAUUUACGUCUUUUACCUACUCCAAGAGAUACUCCAACGCCUUCUCCGAUACCACCAUCAGGGAAUAAUAAUAGUAUGAACACCAAUGAAAAUAACAACAACGAAAGCAUUCCAGACUUGAAUCAGACAAUGGAUGUUAUUAGUAAUGAUCCAGCUUUGGAACCAAUGGACCUUUAAGUUCCUAUUAUGUUUUUUAUGAUCCAUCAUUUUUCAUCAUCACAUAUGAAUUUUCAUAUCAUUGUCGUGUAUAAACUAACGGAAUGUUUUAAUGAUCAAAUCUUUAAAAAAUUAUCAUUGAGAAAGAAUUUAGCGAAAAUCAUAUAUAUAACGUGCGUAAGUGAGUGAAAUUAAAACAGCAAAUAGUUACUCGAAGAUUUAAAUUGAUUUAGUUAAUUAACAUUACUUAAAAUUAGUUAAUUAACAAUUUAAAAGUGAACUUUUCUACAGAAAUCAUAAUUUUUAUACGAUUUCAUACAUUUUGUUCAAAAAUAAAAUUUUUGUAUAUUAGCUUCAUUAACAUCGCCGACAAUUUGUAAACUACCCGUUCGAAAACAAAUGAAUUUUUUGUGGAUCGAUUAAAUAUUUGGUUAUAAACAUUUUCUAAGUAUGAGCAUGCGUUAAUGUAAGUGUGUAAGAAUUGCUAUCUAUUAAUGUAAAUAUAGCAGAGUCCAAAAGAAUGAGUUGUGGAUUUAAAGUUUGUCACGGCCUGUAUAAUGAAUUCAAGAUUUUUGUGGUAUAGAAUUUAAGCUUUUGUAAAUAAUUUUUAUGGUAUCUUUUUACUUUAACUGAAUACCAAUAAUUGCUGCAAACAAUGGAGGUCGUGCAAUAAAAAAAAAUCUUUGCUAAUAAAAGUAAUAAAAGUUUUUCAUUCU